GGGAGCCCCCUCGUUCAGACCGGUUAGCGAGGCACGGGGAGGCGAGAGGCGCCGAUGCCCCCACUGGGCGGCAGGGCAGCGGCGAGUUUGCCUCGAUAGGUAUGGCAGCCGCGGGACCGGCUUCCUCACGUGAUCCUCAACGGGUCCGAGGAAGACGUCAUGUGACUACUGCCGCUGAGCCUGGCCGUUGGGCGCGGGAGCUACGGUGGCCGAGCUGAGCGAGGUCUGUUACCUAGGUAACCUAGUUCCGGCGCCUGAGACAAACCUGCCGGUUUUUCAAGGGAAGCAGCAGCCGCCGGCGGUUCGGCCCGGAAUAGUCUCUUUCAGAUGAUUCAUUUGAAAAUUCAAAGACAAAAUCCACCAUUCUUGAGACACUGGGACAGCCCAGGAGAAAGGAAUUGAAGAAGAAAGAUCCUGUGCCAUGGUGGAUAUCCAAGGAUGAUUCUGAUGAUGGCGCCUGGGAAUCAAGGUCUGGUUCAAUUUCCAGUGUUGUCACUGACUCACUGCUGACCAGAACCAAGGCCCAUCAAAGUCAACGGAAAGUCUCUCAUUGUCUUCGCUGGGCUUUAAAUAAAUUCCUAUGACAUUUUAGGAAUGCUAGGGACAAAUGGAAGCUUUCUCAAGUCACAAAAGGAUUCCCACCCUAUAGUGGAGGUGGAUGAAGAAGCUCACACAGGAAAAAUGCAGCUCCAAAGAAGUGAUGGUGUUUCUGUAUCCUUAAGUAGAGACAGCCUGGAACCUGAUGAUUCAGUUGUGGCUUCUGGACCCAAUCAAAGUAUUUUGGGAGCUGGAUUGGAUACUUUGGAAGAACAAGAAGAAAAAGAGCGAUUCUUUGCUAAACUUGAAAAAGGAGGUUCAUAUACCAUUGAUUAUUCAAGAUUAAACAAAGAGCUGGACUCAAAUGAUUCUGUAUUACUAGCAGCAUUUGCCUGCAAUGAGCAAAAUGUAGAACAAGUGGAAGAUGAAUCUAAACGUGAAGAGAAAUGUGGCAAUUAUAGUGAAGAUUUUGAAGAUGAGACUGAAUCUAAUUAUCCUUCUAAAAAUGAAGAUAACGAAGUUGAGCAAACUGUCAGAUCAGAUGCUGAUUUAAGUAUUCAAGGACAGGAUGAAAAGACUGGCAUGCUGGCUAAAGUUGUGUUGCUUGAUUCACAAGACUCCACCAUGGAAAAUCAAAAGGUCAUUGAACAGCAAGAUGCAGCAGUGACUGAACAUCAGACACCUGAAGUCACUAAGAAUGAAAUAAAUGGAACUGCAGGUAUUUCCUAUGGACAAACUAACAGUGAUAUUGAAGCAUUACAGCAGGCCUAUUGUCAUAUUGAUCAGUCUCUAGGAGACACAGAUGAGCAAAGAAUUAAUCUUAGUGCGAUGGAAAAUGCAGAGUUCCCAGUCCAAGAUGCUUCACAAAACAACGAAGACUAUGCAAAAAACAUCUCAACUACUGAAUCAGAUUUGCUCACUGUAGAGGAAUUGAUGAAACCGAUUAGAGCAGAUUCAUCUCAUACAAGAGGCUUUGACCUGGAGCCUGUAAGUCCAGUAAAACUAACAGACAGCAGAGCAGCUGAAUUUAUGAGCCAUUUGCCAUUUAAAGAACACAAAAAUGAUGCAGUUCUGGAGAAGCAAAGUUUAGAUUUUUUGUUUGAAAAACAUAGUAAAGAAGAAGAGAGUGUUUUUCUCCAGGCAACUUCAAAUGAAGGUAGUCAUCAGAAAGGGACUGAUAAAGACCAGAUUGAUAAAGAGCAGCUUAACCUUUUGAGACAAAAAAUACUACAAGAUUCUGCAUUGUUGCAUCAGGACAGCAAAAUUAAUAAGGCAUGUCAGUCCAGCUCCUGGAGGAACAUGGGAUUGGAUUCAGUGAAUAAUAAGCAAAUAAUGCACAAGAGCACUAGAAGUACAGCUCCUUUACAUAAGAAGAAAUCUCCCAUUGGAUCUCAUAUAUUGGUUAGGAGUUCUGGAUAUGGUAAACCCACUUCACCCUUAAAACAACUUUCCACAACUAGUGAAAAGAGAGCAUCAAAAGAAGCUCUCAAAAAGCCAGGUUUGAAAGCCAAAUCACCUCCAGAUAAAGCAAGGCAAAAAGAAACAUUAUUUACUACUAGGGUAAUAAGAUCUGCAAUAAAUGAAUCAGCUUCUAAAAAGGCCAACAAUAUGGUUACAUCUAGCCAGUCAGUUGUUAACGCCCUUGGACAACAGAUUAAGGAAAUGGAUUCUUGUGUGCAGUCUCAAAAUGAUUCCUCACUUUUCCCUGUCAAAAAUUGUGAGAGAGAGCUUUAUUUGCUAAAAAGAGUCAAGGAAGCAGAGGAAAAGUUGAAAGCAGCACAUGAUUUAAUUCAGCAGCUGAAAGAUUUAUUUUCACAGAAAGAGAAGGAAAUGGAGAAUAAGAUGGUAGAAAUGAAAAUGCAACAUGACAAAGAGGUUUUUCGGCUGAGUCAAGAAAACUAUGUGCUUCAGACCAAGGUAAAUAGUAUGGAAGAGCUGAGCAAAGAAAAGAAAUGGCUUCACCUUGGGGCGACAGAGGCUGUCACUGAAGAGAAGUUAAAGCAAAUCCAAAAGGAAAUUCAAGAUCAAGAGAACCUUCUUCGUGGUUAUCAGCAGGAAAAUGAAAGGUUAUACAAGCAAAUGAAAGAACUCCAGAUACAAAACAAGAAAAAUGAGGAAAGGAUGUUUAAGGAAAAUCAACAUUUAACAUCUGAGUUAGCUUCCUUAAGAGAACAGAUGGAUAAAAAUAACUUCCUGUCACGUUUAGAGCAGGAUUCUAAAUCAACAAGAAACCAGAGUUUCACCGAACUGAUUUCAGAACUUCGAGUAGCACAGAAGGAAGAAGCCAAAUUGCUGGAAGAGAUAAAACGGCUUAAGCAAGACAAACAAGCUCUUGAAGUAGAUUUGGGACAAAUGAGGAGAGAGAGAGAUUUGGCAAGAGCCCAAAUUGUUUCUACUUCAGGUGAAAAAUCUUAUGAAAUAAAGAUUAUAGAAGAAUCAUACAAACAGGAAAUCAGUCUUUUGAAAAAGAGACUGCAGUGGUAUGCAGAAAAUCAGGAGCUUUUGGACAGAGAUGCAGUUCGUCUUAAAGAUGCAAAAGAAGAAAUUGAGAAAUUGAAACUACAGGUUGAUAAUCUCAGAACUGAAGCUGGGAAUCAGUCCGUGCAACAGAAGAAACGUUUAAAGGACAGAGCAGCAGAUGCAAAAAAAAUUCAAGAUCUUGAGCGACAAAUUAAAGAAAUGGAAACAAUUCUAAAAAGAAGGCAUCCAAAUUCUUUGCCUGCUUUGAUAUAUGCUGCUGCUGCAGCAUCUGAGGGAGGUGGUGACAUUUCGGCUAAAUCCAAUACAAUUGAUUUCCUGGAAAGAAGAAUUAAAAAGUUAGAAACGGAACUUGAGGGUAAAGAUGAUGAAGCUAAAAAAAGUCUACGUGCUAUGGAACAACAGUUUCAAAAAAUAAAGCUUCAGUAUGAGCAAAGACUUGUAGAGCUUGAAGAACUCCUUGCCUAUAAAUUGAUGAAUGAACCACAAAAACUGUAUGACAGCAAAGCCAGUUUUACGGCAAUUGAGCAAGAACUUCGUAGUCUAAAGGAGGACCAUCAGAUCACAGUAAAAAAUCUUCAAACAGAAAUUAAAAAUCUUAAAAAUGAAAACUCCCAGUUAGAACUCAAAAAAUGUGAAAGAAGUGAUGAAGACGUACAAACAAUAGAAUACCAAGUGGAACAAGCUCAUGCUAAAGCCAGGCUGGUAAGGCUAAAUCAAGAAUUAAUCACCAAAAGCAGAGAGAUACAGGACCUAACAAAAACUGUGGAGAGACUUCAAAAAGAGAGGAGGACGAUGUUGUCAAAUCAUAACUCAAGUGACAAAACUGACAGUAAGGAGAAGUCAACAGAAAUUUUGAAAAAGGAUAUUUUAGCAUCAAGCAAAAGGAAUGCCAGCACCACUGAACCUUUCCCAGACACUUUUGAUGAGAAAAUAUACCAGCCACAUAACUUUGCCGAUUCCCAUAUUUCAGAAGUUCUGCAAGAAAAUGCCAGGUUAAAAGAUGAGCUAGAACGACUGUCUCUAGAAAUGAGCCAGCAGAGAGUGAAGUCUCAGGCAGCACUGGCUCAUUCUGAAAGUAAUAUACGAAGGACAAAAGAAGAUACAGCAGAAUACAUUGCAGCUCUAAGAGCAUCCCAUCAGAGAGAAGUAGAGAAAAUUCUUUCUCAGCAUGCAGUGGAACAUUCUGCUUCUAAAGUAGCUGAACUAAAUAGCAAAAUUUCAAGACAAGAAAUCUUAAUAAAACAUCUACAAGAACAAGUUAAUAAGCUGCACAGAGAGCAGGAGGCCCUUGCAGUUUCACAAACGCGAGAGGAAAUCUUGCAAAAAGAGAUGACAAAAUUGUUGGAAGAACUGAGAGAGGCUAAAGAGAGGCAAAGUCCUGAGAUGAAACAUUUUUUGUGUCUAGAAAGGAAAAUCAAGAAUAUGGAGAUCAGACAUGAACAAAGAGAACAAGAACUUCAGCAGAUAGUGCAACAAACACGGCAUGUUGCUGAAGUGCAGCAAACCCAGGAAGUUAAGAAGUGGAAAAAACUUGCCCAAUUAAAGAAUCAAGAGCUGGAGAAGUUUCAAGUGGAAUUAGAUUCAAUAUUAGAUGUUUUACGGGAAUUGCAGAAACAAGGGGUUGUUAUUCCAGUACCUGUUUCAAGUGGAUUCAGUUUACCAGAAAGAUAUUGGAAGACAUGACUGGGUAAAAACUGAUCAGAGAAAUAGAAUUUUAACCUAGACAGCUGUGAAUAUAAAACAAUCACUGGUGUAAUCCUUACAAGUUCAGAUACUUUUCAUAAAUUCAUCUGAAGUUUCACUCAUCUAAAGGCAAGUUUUUACUGAACAAUUGAUUGAUCAUAUUGUCUUGUAAUUUCUUAAUAAUAAAUGAUCUUGUAUGUAAAAAAAAAUUAGGAAUUUUGAGCCAGAUGAUUUUCGCCCCCCAUAAACUGAAUUGUUAAGAAAUUUGCAUUUCGUAUUCUUCCAACAACCUGUGGAACAUUACUGAAUACUUUUGAGAGAAGAUGUACAAUUCUGUUUCAUAUAGCAUAACUGAUUGCUCAGUUGUAUUUUCCUAUGUCAGAUCUAUGAAACUCUCAUUAAUGUGGUCUAUUUUAUUACAAUAAUUAGGGCACACAAUCCUGUUUACAUCUUUCUAACACUUUUCUCUCUUCUCAUCUUUUCACCCAAUACUCUUUUCUUUCCUCCCUUCCCUUUUUGGCCCCUAAACAUCUCCAAAUGUUUGGAGGACUAGGUCAGGUUCUUUUUAUGACAACAAUGACCCCAGACUUAAGCCUGGUCUACAAUUAAAAUUUAGAAGGACGCGGGGGGUAUGGACAAAAUUCACACCCCUCAGUGCCAUAGUUAAGACAAACUAGUCCCUGGUCUAGACGCAGCUAGGUUGAUAGAUGAAUUCUUUGGUCAAACUGGCUAGGGGAGGUGCAUUACCUACAUCCUACAGAAAAACUCCUUCUGUUGGUAUAGGAAACGUCUGUGCUAUGGCGUAGCUGCAGCAGUUCCGCUGUAGUACUCCUAGUAUAGACGUAAUCUUAGAAAACUAUUUUCUUGAGUUUUGAGAUAUUUCUUACAAAGCCAUGCCAUUCAUACUAAUGCUCUAUUUAGUAUAAUCAUUGGUAUUUGAUUGCUGACUGAAUGAUGCUAGCAGUUAGUUUACAGGUCUACAGCAGCACAUAUAUUAGCUAUAGAUCUGUGCCUUUUUGGAGGGACCAUGAAAGAAGACAUGUUUUCAUCAGUAAAUUAUGUGCUCACACGAGUGAGUGUGCGUGAUUUAAAUAAAAAGUAGUUAUGUACCAAUUUGUAUCAUGUAAGUUCCUGUUAAAAUGCACUUGAGUGCCCAUAAUUGAUUUGCAGUGCAAUAUUUGCUCAUAGUUAUGCUAUAUAUUUUAUAUAUACAUGAAAAAAUACACACACUGUAUGUAAGGGCUAGCCUGCAUGAACAGUUAGACUGUAGCAGGCUGGGGUGUGAAGCUCCCGGCCACUAGCCUGUCAUGGUCUGAUUAACCAUGUUGUCCCUGCUGCUGUAUAUUAACAGUUCGUUAGAAUGCUUUGAUCUGGUCCUUUUUGAAAUGCGACUAGCUCAAAGUGCUCUAACAGGCUGCUAGAAUGUAGAACAGGGUCCACAAGAACAGGUAGUGUGAGGAAUAUUCCCCAGCUGGCUGCAGUCUUGUGGGUCAUUUAGACAAUCCCUAAGUGUUUGUACGUGAUAUCUGUAUGUAAAACAGUAGUGAGAGUGAUAAAGUUGGGAUUAAUGCAAUCAUUAUUUUGGAUUUCUCAUUCAGAUAUUUUCCAAAACUCCAUAAAGCUUAAUUUUCAUUAAAAAGGAUGAUUUUGUCCAAGAAUAAUCUGGAAGUGUUAAUAUAUAGUCAUAAAUUAUGUAAAUAGGACUAUAAAGCUUUGUAUAUAAAAUGUCAAUCAUUAGUAAAUAUGUUGUAUUUUCAUAAUGUACAAGCUCUUGUGAUUUGUUUGCAAAUGCAAAAGUUUAAAAAAAAAAAAAGAAACCAACGUUUCUUUUUCAAGUAGUGUCCCUAUGAGUGCUCCAUUGUAGGUGUGCUUGCAUACCUGCACUGCUGAUUGGAGAACAUCAGUUGCAAUGUCCAUUAGGCUGGCACAUGGGCUGUCUCUCCUCAUGCUGCGCCACAAGGCUAGUCAACACACCCAGGCUAACCCUUAGUUCUUUCUCAACCACCCUUGGCUAGAGACAGAGCCAUUAGCAGUCCAUUAAGAUUAUUGUUCUCUUGUUUUACAUACUUAUAUUUAGCCUCCUAUUUAAGUUAUAGUUGUAUUUUUUUUCUUCGUCUUUUGUAUUUUACCCUGCUUUUUUCCCCCUCAAUGGGGUAUGCCCAGUUUGCCAGGUUUCAAGAAGUGCCACCACCUGUACAGAGGCAAUCCUGGUUGCAGGUAAACAUUCUCAGGGCAUUCGCUGCCUUGGGGAAGGCCACAUACAGUAGAAGUGUAGUCUUUGCCAACAACUCCGGCCAAGAUUCCAUGAAGGCAAAGAGCUCUGCCAGAAGAGGCAUCAAUCUGGCCCCAGUUGCCUGGUAGACAUGAGUCUUCAUAACCUUCUACAUCUAAGGGAUGUGGGUUGAAGAAACAGACUGCAGACCCCUCUCUCAAAUCAUCUGAAAGGAGAAUGGGAAGUCCCCCUACUUAACCCUGAGAGAGCCAUAUGCGAUCGCCAUCUCGUUUGGUAUCUCGCUGGCUCCAAGACCAUCUAACUCUGGCAACGAUGCCUCAUGAAGACCAGUGGGUACUGGUUCCACUAACAGACUUACGGACCCAAUGGACAUGGGUACCAAGUCUUUGGUACCGAAGGACAAGUGUUAACACUCUAAAAAGUCUAUACAAGUCCACUUCACCAUCAACAGCUCACAUGGUACCUGAAAGAUAGGUGCAGACCAAGAUCACCAUCUCCAUCCUCCUUCCCUCAAUCCCUACACCACUAGUGACACUGGGACAAUUGGUGCCAGUGGAAUCCCGCCAUUCCAGAGACCUCUGCAUGUCAGGUGCACCCGAGUCCCCACCUCUCAAUACCAAGACCUCUGCAUUGAGCUUCUACAGCCAUGGGAAGUAUUCCCACUACCAUGCCAUGUUAUGCCCCUUCCCUCUGCUCUCUAGUGAAGGUUUAGACAGCGAGCCAGUAGAGGUAGUGUCACAAUAGUCCUCCCAAGCUCCAUAUGGUGCUCACUACCAACGGAGUCCAAGGAUAUACCCACAGAUGGUCCCUCCACCACCACCAGCUUGGUACGGCCACCCAUAGGUUCCACCACCGGCCUCUCUGCCAUCCCAAUGGCAAUUUUGGGAUCUUUUGUGCACCGACAGCAUGCCUCUCAAGCUUUGAGCCUCACUCAAGAACCAUCCAAGCACACCCCCUCAGCCACAGCAUGCAGGAUUUUGGAACCACCUCAAGAGAUAGAGGAACAGGAAGCCGGUACUGAGGAGAAAUGACAUUGAGGACCAUAUCCUCUUCUCGAGACAAAGCCAUCUUUGGCAGACAACUUUAGUCUUUUCCAGAAGCUGGCAAAAAGGGUUGCAGACAUCCUCCAGAUACUAUUGAAGGAAGUCAAGGAUGCCCACCAUCGGCUGUUUGACAUCCUCCACUCUUCUUCGUCCUCAAUUAUUGCCCGCCUGAUUAUUGAAGCCAUCUCGGACCUGGCAAAGACCAUGUGGCAAACCCUGACAUCAGUGGCACCAACCUGCGAGUGGACAAAAAAUACUAUAUACCCACCAAGGAAUCUGAAUUUCCUGUUUUCCCAUCCAUUUCAAUUCCCUUGUGGUGGAUGCCAUCAACUAUCGUGGCCAGCAACACCAGUCAAGGGCUACACUCUGAUAGGGAUUAGAAGUGCCUUGAUCUUUUUGGCAGAAAAGCAUACUUGGCCACUCUACAGUUCCAUAUCAUCAACUACCAAGCCCUCACAGCGAAAUACGAUAACAUAAAUUACUCUAAACUGAAUGACUUUAUUGAAAAGUUGCCAGAGGCACAUCACAAGUCUGUUAAGGCCAUUAUCCAAGAGGGUCAAUUAGUGGCAAAGACAUUGCUGAAAUCUGCCCUCAGCAUGGCCGCCAUGGCGGCUAUGUCCAUCACCGCAGCCGUGCUGAUGCAACGAGCUUCAUGGCUUCAUUUUUUGGGUUUCCCAAAAGGGGUGCAGUCUACCAUUGAGGACUUUCCCUUUGAGGGCACAAAGCUCUUUGUCGAGAAGACUGAUGCCUCCCUUGAAGUCAAGAUUAUACCUAAGUUCUCUGAGGCCUUGUCUACGCUACAGAGUUUUGUUGACACAAGUUAUGCUGACAAAACCCAGUGCAUCAUGGGUGUGAGCUCAAUGUCCCAUGAUGCAGUUUUUCCAUCCCAUCAUUCCCUGGGCUUCCAACUGGAUUUCAUGGCAUUUUUCAGCAACCCCUGUUUACUGUGUGCCCACCAUCUCUGUCUGGAGGAUGGAUCCUGCACUGCUCUCUACUGUUUGUAGUCAGUGUUAUGAACACAUCUGAUCAUGCGAUAUAUUAUGAGCCCCUACUCUGAACAGGAAUCAGAGUUGUCUGACCCGCUGUGUGCUAUGGAAAGAAAAACACCAGAUUAAUUUUGGCAUUCACAGAGCAGCUGAACAUGGACCAUCACUUUUGAGCUCAGGAAACAAGCACUGAGUCAUGGGAUCACAUCGUUAUACUUCUCUGGAAUGAUGAGCAGUGGCCACAGAACUUUUGGAUGCGGAAAACCAUGUUCCUAGAACUGUGUGCGGAGCUUGCCCCAGUAGUGCAGCGCAAGGACACCAAAAUGAGAGCUCCAUAUGGUGAUCACUGUGUGGAAACUGGUAACUCCAAACUGCCACCUCAGUAGUGAAUCAGUGUGGAGUCGGGAAGUCCACUGUUGCCGCUGCAUUAAUGCAAGUGUGAAGAGCCAUUAAUCACAUGCUGCUAUGAAGGUCUGUGACUCUUAGCAAUAUGCAUGAAAUACUGGAUGGCGUUAUGACAAUGGUAUUCCCUAAUUGUGGUGGGGCAAUAGAUGGCGCACACAUCCUGAUUUUGACUCCGGACCAUCUUGCGAUGGAGUACAUCAGUAAAAAGGGGUAUUUCUCUAUGGUGUUAUAGAUGCCUGUGGAUCACUGUGGCAGUUUCACUAACAUCAAUGUGGGGUGGCCUGGGAAAGUGCAUGACGCACACAUCUUCCUGAACACUGACCUAUACAGAAAGCUACAAGGAGGGACUUUAAUUCCAGACCAGAAGAUUCCAAUGGGGGAAUGGUGAAAUGCCCAUCAUGAUGCUAGGAGACCAUUACUCCCAUGGCUCAUGAAGCCUUACACAGGAAACCUGGACAGCAGCAAGAAGCGCUUCCACAAUAGGCUGAGCAGGUGCAGGAUGACCGUAGAAUGUACCUUUGGCAGCUUAAAAGCGCGCUGGCACUGCCUUUAUGGCAGAUUAGAAUUAAAUGAUGACAAUAUUCCCAUAGUCACAGCAGCCUGCUGUAAGGGUGAAAAGCUUUUCCCCUAGGGGGAGUGCUGAGACAGAUCGCCUGGCAGCUGAUUUUGAGCAGCCAGAUACCAGGGCUGUUAGAGGGGCACAAGAGGUUGCUAUUCGAAUUAGGGAGGCUUUGAGGCACUAUUUUGGGAAUAAGCUCCAAUAAUAUGUCUUUCUAUACAGCACUCUGCUAUACUUUAACAUGCUGCCUGGCAUGAAAAUGUUGAUGAUUCCUGACCAUGAUUUGUGCUCAGCAGAUGAUCAAAUUGCCACUGUGUAUUAAUUCCAACAGCAACUACCGUGUGUAGGAGACAAUUAAAGACUGGUUAUCUUUC